GCCAAAAACGUUGUCCGCCUUCCCCGUCAGCUGCGGAUGCGUACCGUGGCCGGCGACCGGCAAGUUGUCACUUUCGUGGCGGAGUUUGAGACUGGAGGACGGUGGUGAGAGCAUUGUUCCGGGAGGCUAUUGGUAAAAAGAGUUGUUAAGAAGGCAGAAGCCAGGAUGUCAGCCAAAGUAUUGUUGCUGGGCCUAAUGGCCAUUGCAGUGUUUGCAGCAGAGAAAGAUGAAAAGGCUGAAGUCGGGACUGUGAUUGGCAUUGAUCUUGGUACAACAUAUUCAUGUGUUGGUGUGUUCAAGAAUGGCCGUGUUGAAAUCAUUGCCAACGACCAGGGAAACCGUAUCACUCCAUCCUAUGUGGCCUUCACCAAGGACGAACGUCUCAUUGGUGAUGCAGCAAAGAACCAGCUGACAUCGAACCCUGAGAACACUGUGUUUGACGUGAAGCGGCUGAUUGGACGGGACUGGUCUGACAAGGGUGUUCAGAGCGACUUGAAAUACUUCCCAUUCAAGGUAUUGGAAAAGAACAGCAAGCCCCAUGUUAGAGUCGAAGUGGACAGCAAAGACAAGGUGUUCACGCCAGAGGAGAUCUCAGCUAUGGUGCUGUCCAAGAUGAAGGAGACGGCCGAGUCGUACCUGGGCAAGAAGGUGACACAUGCAGUGGUCACGGUGCCCGCCUACUUCAAUGACGCCCAGCGCCAGGCCACGAAGGACGCCGGUUCGAUCGCUGGUCUGACUGUGAUGCGUAUCAUCAACGAGCCCACCGCCGCCGCCAUCGCCUACGGCAUGGACAAGAAGGAGGGAGAGAAGAACGUGCUGGUGUUCGAUCUUGGCGGCGGCACCUUUGAUGUGUCGCUGCUGACCAUCGAUAACGGCGUGUUUGAGGUGGUGGCCACCAACGGUGAUACCCACCUCGGAGGCGAGGACUUCGACCAGCGCGUCAUGGAACACUUCAUCAAGAUGUACAAGAAGAAGCAUGGCAAGGACAUCAGGGGUAACAACCGCGCCAUCCAGCGGCUGCGGCGUGAGGUGGAGAAGGCCAAGCGCGCGCUCAGUUCACAGCACCAGGUGAAGAUCGAGAUUGAGAACUUCUUCGAGGGCAACGACUUCUCCGAGACUCUGACGCGCGCCAAGUUCGAGGAGCUUAACAUGGACCUGUUCCGUGGCACCAUGAAGCCCGUCCAGAAGGUGCUGGACGACGCCGACCUGCAGAAGAAGGACGUCGACGAGAUCGUUUUGGUGGGCGGCUCCACUCGCAUCCCCAAGAUCCAGCAGCUGGUGAAGGAGUUCUUCAACGGCAAGGAGCCGAGCCGUGGCAUCAACCCGGACGAGGCGGUGGCGUACGGCGCGGCCGUGCAGGCGGGCGUGCUGAGCGGCGACAGCGACACCAGCAACAUCGUCCUUCUCGACGUCAACCCCCUCACCCUGGGCAUCGAGACCGUGGGCGGCGUUAUGACCAAGCUGAUCACGCGCAACACUGUCAUCCCCACCAAGAAGUCGCAGGUAUUCUCCACCGCCUCGGACAACCAGCACACGGUCACCAUCUCCGUGUUCGAGGGCGAGCGGCCGAUGACCAAGGAUAACCACGAGCUGGGCAAGUUCGACCUGACCGGCAUCCCGCCGGCGCCGCGCGGUGUACCCCAGAUUGAGGUCACUUUCGAGAUCGACGCCAACGGUAUCCUGCAGGUGUCUGCCGAGGACAAGGGCACCGGCUCCAAGGAGAAGAUCGUCAUCACCAACGACCAGAACCGUUUGACUCCCGAGGAUAUCGAGCGCAUGAUCCAGGACUCUGAGAAGUAUGCCGACGAGGACAAGAAGCUCAAGGAGCGCGUCGAGGCGCGCAACGAGCUGGAGUCAUACGCCUACAGCUUGAAGAACCAGCUGGCGGACAAGGAGAAGCUGGGCGCCAAGCUGUCCGCGGACGAGAAGUCCAAGAUCGAGGAGGUGAUCGAAGAGAAGAUCAAGUGGCUUGACAGCAACCAGGAGGCAGAGGCGUCAGAGUACAAGGCGCAGAAGAAGGAGAUGGAGGAUGUGAUCCAGCCCAUCAUCUCCAAGCUGUACCAGGGUGCGGGCGGCGCGCCGCCGCCGACGGACGACGCCGAGGAGUCGUCCGACAAAGACGAGUUGUAGGAGCUGCGACCAUAGCUAGGGAUCGUUCUUAAAACCGGUGAUAUUUAUUUUGUGUGCACAUGUCAGACUAUGGUCGUUUUCUCCACCUUGGUUAACUCGGUCUGAGUGAAGCAGUUUGAAACGUAGCUUACAUUCUCAAGCGAGUGUGUCUGAACGUGUGCGUGCGAAUCUCUGAUGUCGGCUCAGAGGAAUAGCACAAAGCAUUCCUCUCGUUUUUCAUGGGUGGAAUGGACAUCGGUGCGGUAACGGCCGAACACGUGUAGGGUCCAGCUGUACCAGUUUGGCGGUAAGAGCGAGAGUGGCAUUUGUUGCUGUUACUGAGAUCACAUGGGUUGAUCAUUUAUUCAUGAUUUGAAGACUUUCGAGCGUUAGGAAUCCACUGCAAAAUGCCUGCUGCAACUCUUAUGGUGUUUUGCCACGAAUAUCCGGCUAUUUUGUGUACAAUUACAGUGGUGGGCGGUGUUUGAAGAGGUUUCUAAUAAAACGCUUGACAUGUUGAA